UGUGCGUUGUCGCUCUGACGUUGGAAGUCGGGGGCCAGUGUGCUCCUCUGGAAGCCCGAGAAGGGACCGUCCCUGGGGAGAAGCGCCUGGGAGGCAGAUGCGGGAUGCUCAGGCGAUGGCUGCUAGCUGGGGCAUCCCUCGGUAGCCUUCGUGCUGGCUUCCUGGCUGCCAUCCCUGGCGGAGCCUGCUCGUCCCUGGAGUUGGCUCAUGGAAAGCCGUUUGGCCACUCAGCCAGACCCAGAAGUUCCCAGGGACGCUGGUGGGGCCAGUGGCCCUCCAUCCUGGGGAGCGAUGCUGGCGGGGCUGUGUGGGGAAGGAGGACUCUGGCCACGGCGCCGCGCCUGAGGAUUGGAUGGCGGGAGGGAGGCUGCCAGCUGCAUCGGCUCCAGUUCAAGGGCAGCUUCAAGGCUCUUCGGGGACAUGGCUGAGAAGGAAAGAUGAGCGGCUGCUGCUGCAGACGUGGCCAGGACGGCGAUGAUGCCGGCUGAGGCUGGGGAGCUCCGGCUCAGCUCACUCUCUGUCCCCAGCUGCCUUCUCCAUGUGCUGUCCAUGGUCCACGCAGUGUCAGAUGGAGGUUAGGAAGACUCGGGAGCCGAGUAACAAGCGGGUCAAGCCCCUGUCCAGAGUCACGUCGCUGGCCAACCUCAUCCCUCCUGUGAAGGCCACCCCGCUGAAACGGUUCAGCCAGACCCUGCAGCGCUCCAUCAGCUUCCGCAGCGACAGCCGCCCCGACAUCCUCGCGCCGCCGCGGCCCUGGUCCAGGCAUGCGGCUCCCGCCAGCACCAAGCGCAGGGACAGCAAGCUGUGGAGCGAGACCUUCGAUGCGUGCGUCAAUCAGAUGCUCACCUCCAAGGAGAUCAAGCGGCAGGAGGCAAUUUUUGAGCUUUCCCAAGGAGAAGAAGACUUGAUAGAGGACCUGAAACUUGCAAAGAAGGCCUAUCAUGACCCCAUGCUUAAACUCUCCAUAAUGACGGAGCAAGAAUUAAACCAGAUUUUUGGAACCCUGGACUCUCUGAUCCCUCUGCACGAAGAUCUCCUUAGCCAGCUUCGAGAAGUCAGGAAGACGGACGGAUCUACUGAGCAUGUUGGUCCUAUCCUAGUGGGAUGGCUGCCUUGUCUCAGCUCCUACGACAGCUACUGCAGCAACCAAGUGGCUGCCAAGGCAUUGCUGGAUCACAAGAAGCAGGACCACCGCGUGCAGGAUUUCCUUCAGCGCUGUUUGGAGUCCCCCUUCAGUCGGAAGCUGGACCUGUGGAAUUUCCUCGACAUCCCCCGGAGUCGGCUUGUGAAGUACCCAUUACUUCUCAGAGAAAUACUGAGGCACACUCCAAACGAUAACCCAGACCAACAACACUUGGAGGAAGCUAUCAACAUCAUUCAGGGGAUCGUGGCCGAGAUCAACACCAAGACGGGGGAGUCGGAGUGCCGCUACUACAAGGAGCGCCUCCUCUAUCUGGAAGAGGGCCACAAGGACUGCUUGAUCGACAGCUCCCGGGUGCUGUGCUGCCACGGCGAACUGAAGAACAACCGGGGCGUGAAGCUCCACGUCUUCCUGUUCCAAGAAGUGCUGGUCAUCACGCGGCCCGUCACCCACAACGAGCAGCUCUGCUACCAGCUCUACCGGCAGCCCAUCCCCGUGAAGGAGCUCCUGCUGGACGACCUGCAGGACGGAGAGGUCCGCCUGGGAGGCUCCAUCCGCGGCGCCUUUACCAACACCGAGAGAAUUAAAAACUUCUUCCGGGUCAGCUUCAGGAACGGCUCCCAAAGCCAGUCUCACGCCCUGCAGGCCAGCGACACCUUCAACAAGCAGCAGUGGCUGAACUGCAUCCGCCAAGCCAAAGAGACGGCCGUGUGCGCCGAGGGCCAGGCCGGGCUGCUGUGCCCCCGCGAGCCCUCCCCGCCGGCCGCCCCCCUCGCCGGAGAGGCCCGGCCGGAGCAGAUGGACCAGUCGGGCAGCGAGUCGGACUGUAGCAUGGACACGAGCGAGGUCAGCCUCGACUGUGAGCGCAUGGACUCGUCGGGGGGGGAGCGGCAAGCAGGUAGAGAGCAACGUCUGACGGGCGCCGCGUCGCCCCCGGACAGUGUUUGCAUUCCACGAAGGAGCGGUUUGGAGAAGCACUUUGAGCCCUUCCCGACGGUCCGAGCCCCCGUCCUUGUCCCGGCCGACGCAGCCUCCUUCCAGGUCUGUCCUCCGUCCUGCCGGAUCCUCCUGGACCCCGGAGGAAGGAGAGCGGCCGGGGGGCUCCCGCUGUAGGGAGAGGCGGUGACUCGGACCCACCGUAGGGCCGUCCCGGGCCAGAGGAAGGACCAGCCCGGCUCCCCGGGCACCCGGGCGCCGAUCUUUCCCAAUACGAGGUAAAGCAGGCCUCAUCCCUGGUCCUUCGGUACCCCUGGAUGGACACCCUGAGACGUGGCAGCGAGAAGCUGGUUUAAGAAGAAAAGACCCUUUCGGAGGGUGGUGAUGGGGAAGGCGUGGGACGGGAAUGACUUCCUCAACGGUUAGGAUUCCCAUUGGGAAUGUGGAAAUCCAGUUUUUCCAACUGGGAAACCCCCUAUCCCUGCCUCCCUUGGGGCUCACUGCGGGACGGCCUCUGGGCCCUGUGCUGUGCCCAGGAUUGUCUCUGGGAUUCCCAGUCCUAGAGUGGAUCUGAAUCAGGUCCCUCGUCCUGGGGCGGAGACUCCCCUAACCCUAAAUUUGUAGUCCUCCUCUUCUUCCUCUUCUUCCUCUUCCUCCUCUUCUUCCUCUUCCUCCUCCUCUUCUUCCUCUUCUUCCUUUUCCUCCUCUUCCUCCUCUUCUUUUCUUCUUCUUCCUCCUUCCUCUUCCUCCUCUUCUUCCUCCUCCUCCUCCCCCUCCAUUGGCAGGGCAGGGUGGGUUGUGAGCUUUAAGUACGUCUGUUAAAUACACUGAAAUUCUCCCUUAGGAGUGUAAAUAUUAAGGCUGAACUGUGUAAAACUAUGCCCACACCAGCACUAGUAGUCCUAAUGCUAAGUUAUUGCCAAAAAUGGGUGGUUGUUUUUGGUUUUGUUUUUUGUUUUUUAUCUUAUGUGUCUUACAAGUUUACAAAAAAAGAACGAGGAUCAGCAGAAUGUCCAUUUCCCUUGUACAUAGCUCGUGUGCAUUCAAGGAAUUUGUGUGACAAGAUAAUCACUAUUAAGACCCCAGGUAGAAGUCCGCGACGAUGUUAAAGAGAAGCGGAUUCUCGUGCUCAGUUUCUCCCUGUAAAACCUGUUUCUGUAUUUAUAGAUUUUCAACAAGGUGAAUUUUUUUUCUAUUACAAGUUUUAUUUAAAAGUGGUUUAUUUCUUGAGGGGAGCCGUCUCUGUGCCGAGGAAGAGUGGCCAGGAGGAGAGACCAUUUGGGGGGGAAGAAAGGAUCCAUCCUUCGAGGAAAGCCUGGGCUCCGGCUGCCCAGAGCGUUGGCCAAAGAGGCGGCCCCACUUGGCCCAGUGAGAGAAAGGCAUUGAAGGCUGCAGUGAAGAGGAGUGUUUGUGUAAUGGCCUUAAACUUUUCUGGAAGCAUUUCAAAUAAAUGGCGUUAAAUGGU